GAGCCAAAAGUAUGACAAACUGUGUCCACCAUCGGAAUUGACAACGGACGGUCACAGUCCAUCUGUUACACGUCGAUUGCCGCGGGAAGGCGCUUUCUCGUGAGUCAAAGCUGGGGAGCUUCACCACCAGUGAAAUAUUUGGAAUAUGCGCUGCGACGGAAUGAGAAAUGCGAGUUGCCACCUUUUCCGAGCUUUGUUCCGCACACCGCCGUGCCUCCAAGCUGUCGGAGCCGCCAUGUGGAGACGAGCUCUGGGAGCUUCAGAGCGCCGUCCUUCACGUUGGGCUUCCCACGCUGCUUUUCUGUCAUUGCUUUUGCUUCUCAGACACGGCUGCGAAUCGCUUAAAUGCCUCACUAGUCCCUGCACACGGUCACCUUCACUCCUGCAUCUACCUUCGAAAGCUGGCGCCCAUUACGAGAGAAUCUAAUCGUGAACAAUUUUAAGAUUCAAGAGCCACAGUAGGUGCUCAGUUGCUGUGUCCAGGUUUGGAAAGAAACAGGUGGGGCUUUGGCAACUGUUUGUGAAUGAUCUAUGUGGUCUGAAGGAGCGCAAGAAGCUGUGAAUUGGUUUGCAGCGAUGUGCCAGGCGUUUACGUUUUGUAAACAACCUGAUCGAUCGAUCUACCUCUAGUCGGUGUGAGAAGGAGGAGGAUACUGUCGCUUUCGGCGAGGAAACUUAUGGACGGUAUUGAGUUGAUUUUGAUCUGUCACAGUUGCAUCACCCGAGUCCUGCCAUAGUUUGGUACAUAUAUCUACAGAUCCAUCGAUUUGCAACUAGGUGGUAGUUUGUUCUCUAGAACUUGGGCAAACCCCUAGUGAUCAGUAGCAAUCAUCUGUAGCGUUGAGAGGACCAGCUUGACAUCGAUUGUCGUCGUUGCGGAAGCACCACUUGAGAGAAUGCUCACCAGGAGUCCUGCCCUACACCGCGGACUCAGUGCUGAUCAAAGCGCCCAUUUUAACUCUCAGUCCUUAGGAUUCCCCAACAUCCCACAUCGAGAGAGCAAUGACAGGAGAUCGUAUGUUAAGCGAUGGUCCAUCCAGUCUUCCCACACGUCUCGCAGCGACAAAAAACCCCGUUCUCUAGCAUAUGCACGAGGCUUGAGCCUCAAGAGAAAAAACCUAUCGCAACAGUCAGAAAACCGCGAUCAGCACACGAUCGACAGAUCUGUCACUGAUGCUGUUGCGGAGCGAAUAUACGUGAUCCCGUACUCGGAUCUCGUCCUGCAACGCAAAUCGGGCGGCGGUCACUCGCAAGUCGAAGCAACUGAGAGCGGGUCCGACAGUGUGUACUGCUGGGAAAAAUCAUGGAAACUGUACAUGCAAAGUCAAAAGGCCGCUCUAAAAGAGCUCUCAGCACGCUUGCGGGAAUGCGACUCUCGGAAUAUCAGCUCCGGGACCGGAUUAUCAACCGAGGACCAGUCACUUCCUCCUACGACAACAUCUAUCAUAUUUGAGGAAGAUGUUGAAGAUAGAUCUGAAGUGAAAAGGUCUAGUAAGUUGGCUGAGUUGGGGGCGAAGAGAUUGGAGAGAAGGAAGACGAUGGGCUUGUUGCUGCUGAACAUACUGGCGGCUCUAUAUGGAUCCAGCACCGUCGCUGGCAAGUUUGUGACCGAGGUGGCGCCUGGGUUGCCAGCCAGCUUGAGCUCCAUGGUCAGAUAUGCCUCCGCGCUUCUAGUGUUUUUGCCAGCAUUGAAGAGCAUCGUGGGUAAAGAGAAGAAUUCGGAGCUGAUUAAAGCCGGAGCUGAGCUUGGAGGGUUGCUAUUUGCGGCUGGGAUUCUUGAGACUUGCGGUGAUGGUGGAGCGUCCAGUGAUGCGCCGCUUCUGUUUGCUUUCACGGUAAUAUUUGUUCCUUUGAUGGAGCUAUGCGCAGGCCGACAGUCCGUCCGCAACAUUACACGAAUCGCCUCUCUAGUGGCACUUUCAGGAAUGGGAGUGUUGGAAGAGGAAGGAUUUGAAUGGAAGGGUAUAUCUCUACCGCAUGUGGGAGACAUGUGGGGCUUGGCCGCAUCUGCCAUCUACGCCCUCCACAUCUUCCGAUCCGAAGCAUGCAGCAAGAGAUUCAAAUCCUUCGAGUUGACAGCGAUUCAGUGCAGCACUGUUGCGUCACUCAGCGUGUUAUGGGAGGUUUUCCGAGUUCUCCACGACAACACAACCGCCAUAGAGUACGUGAAUCAGCUGCAGGCGCUGCCAUGGGGACCUCUCGUAUACACGGGUCUUGUAUGCUCGGGACUAUGCAGCUGGCUUGAGAUUCACGGCCUUCGAUCAGUCCAUGCCUCCACGGCAACAAUGGUUAACACAACGAUUCCCAUAUGGGGCGCGUUCUUGUCCUUCGUUCUGCGGGGGGAAACGCUCGAUGGCUCGGCUAUGGUUGGUGGAUCGGUGAUCCUGGUAACCAGCAUCUUCGCUCAGUUGGUCAGCCAUCGGGACGAUACAGCUAGCUCGAAAAACUCAGAUUCCCAAGUUCAAAAACCAGAACCGGUGCCUAAAACACAGAAACCCAAACAGGAGGCUGAUCACGUCCAGGGAGCGAUUAUCACCUCACAGCUCAAGUUCCCCUACUACGCAGCCCAAGCCAAGCGUCUAUUGGUGGAAGCCAAGUUGAAGCUUGCGACGGUAAAGGGUCUGUUCGUGUCGGCGACAUCUACGCUCCUCACGAAUACUGUGCCAUUGCCACAAGGCUCCCUUCAGAAGGCAGCACCGACCGCCAUUGCAAUCCAACAAGCCGCAAGCGCGGUAAGCAAUGCUCCAUCCUCAUUGCAGCAGCAGCUUCCCAGCACUAGUGCGCAUUCAGCUAUGGUGAUCCAGUGGUUGGAUGCCGUGACGGGAGUGCUGGAAUCUGCCAUAACAGCCUUCGGCUCUGAUUUAGUGCAAGCUCUGGAGGAGGCUAAGAGCGUGGCUGAGGUACUGGAGCAAGCUUUGCAGAAAGCCGUGGACACCACGGUCAUGUCAGGGUUUGUUGAUUCUCUCCUCGACAUGCUGAAUUGGCCAUCAGAACUAGAAACGGUCAUCAAAUCCGUCGACACAACAUCUGCAGCGCUGGAUCAUUCACUUGUCUAUGCACUCCACCACGCAGACUCGAUUUUGAAACUCCUGCUCACUUGUCCUCCGAACCCAUGAUUAAUAUUUCAUAUCCAUUCUUUGUCUGAAGCACAGUUCAGUGCCUUCAAGCUAGUUAUCGUAGUAUAUUGCUAAACUAUAGAAAACUGUAGAGAUUACCGGAACUGAGGUUACUUAUUUCAUUCACAAGGUCGGAUCAUGUGUACAUAGACACUUUGCCACCCUCAAGAACAAUUGAGUAAUGGCAAUGAAGAUUAACUUCAAAUUUGCGACAAUAACCAAUACAGGCAAGUGUAAAUCUCAAACUUCAGUGGAAAAAAAACCGAUUACCAAGCAUCAUCUUAGCAGUCCAAAGGUACAGUAUGACUAUAAUCUGAACAUCUACAACAAAGGUCCUGACAGCUGGUAGGGGCAGGCAAUAGGAUUGUAGCAGAACAUGCACGUAGACAACCACGGUCUAGAUUUUAGAAUGUUAAGACGACACCGAUUAUUUGUUGUAACACAUUGUCUAAAGUAAUUUCUGAUCACCAAUUCUGUUAAUCUAAAAUCUUUCGGAAAAUUUCCCCUCGGA